CCCCCCUCCCGGACAUUACGGCAAGGGACAUUAAAGAACAAGGAAUGGCUGAAACGAGUGUGGAACAAGAAUCGAGGGUACCGGGAUAUCAACGGACUCGGUGAAAUUUAGGUGAAUGAAACUAGGUUGUGUAUAGUCACGUGCCGGCACAUGCCUUCCCUCCGAGUUACCGUCAUAGUCAAAGAGUGUCGGAUUUUCGCGACCUCUGCCAUACCAAAGACUAUCAAAUCAGUAAAACGGGGAGGUCCACGGAACUUACACCAAGCGGUCUAUGAUCGGCAAAGAGCCUGGUGCCCUGCGGAGUCUGCAAAAGUGGUCUCCUCCCCCGCAUUCAAGAGUUCCGCAUCCACGUCCGAGCUCGAAAGGCGAGUGCUUACGCUACAAAAUAUGCAAGUACCAUCAGAUGUCCCGGAAGCAACUUCGGAGUCUGUCGCGCGCUCUCUCUCUUACACGGAUGAGGAGCUAUCCUCCAUGUACGAAGACUUAUUGGAAAUACCGCGGACUCAAAAAUGUGUAGAGGUCAGGAAGCUCUCUGAAGAAGACAGGGAUACACCUGCCAUAAUUGAAGUAAGAGAACGGGUGCAAAUUUACGUACGUUGUUCACUUUAGAAAGAUGGAGUUACGCACUUACAGAUCUUAUAGAUGCGCGAUGGAGAUUUUUCUAGUGCGGAAAGGGCAGUAGAGUCUUUGAAGGU